AGUUAAUUUACUCAGCUGCUACAUGUUUAUAUAAAAAAGUGUUUGUACCAUUGCUGGCGAAAAGGAUAUUUGGUAAAAGUCAGGUCAAAGACUACAAAGUAAUUUUAUUACCUACAAAAUCAAAUUAUUUUAAAUAAGAUGAGUGAAUAUUAUAACGUCGUACCUUGGUUUGAUAGUAAAGAAUGGCAUAAAGUAUAUAUGGAUAUAUAUUCGCCAAGUUCGACUGAUCUCACCAAAGAAGACUCUAUUGAAAUAUUGCAUGUGUGGAAAGCUAGAAGUCCUAUAUUGCCGUCUGGAAUCGAAUCUACUUUAACUUUACUAGAAGUACAUAUUCAAGAUAUUAAAAGCUUUGAUGUAGUUGGUGAACAAAUUAUACGUUUAGCUUAUUCAACUGCAUUAAUGAGAUUUGUAAAUCAUAUGCUUGAUUCCCAAACCUCAAAAGGGAGUAGUUUGUAUAAAGCAGCUCAGAAUUCAGGAGUUCCAGACUGGAUGAUAGACUUGCGUCAUGAUACUGCACAUGGGAAUGUGUUGCCUUCUAUUGAACUUCUCAGAGAGGCUACAUCUAUUGGAUUAGAAUGGUUAAAGGUUAAUUACUGGGAUAAACACAAAGAAAUUGUUAAAGAUUAUGUCUUUGGACAUAAGGAUUUGGAGAAUGAUGAGCAUAAAAGAGUCCGUGUACUAAUGAAUUUUUGUUUUUCAUUGAGCAUAUGUGCACAUACUAAAUUGAAAAUUAAAAGGUUAGCUGACAUUCCUGACAAAAGUAUAAGAGCAUCAAUGCUAAAUGAUAUAAAAGAAUUAUUUGGAGAUUCUGUUAAUGUAUCAAAUUUAAAUAAAGUUACCAUUCUUUCUUUAAUAAACCUGAUCAAUAUACAUUCUAAGCGUCUUUUAAAAUCCAAAAAUACAUACUCACUUGUAAAUGAAGCAUUACUGGGCAAGGAUUCACUAUUUUUAUCAUUGGACCUGUUUAAUUUUUUGAGUGAACAAGGUUCUAGGAAAGGAUCUAGUUUGAGCAAACAUUAUGUUCAUUGUUUUGAAUUAUUACUUACAUAUUUACAUACAAAUGAUCUACUUGAUGACUUUGUAAUAGAGCUCAUAAAUAUCACACAAAAUUGUGAACUUAGUAAUCAAAAGCGCUGGCUUGCUGCAAUGUGGAUAUCAGAAAUUUUGAAAGCAUUGAAAAAAUCAAGCCAAUUUGUUAAAAGAAUAAACAAAAAAUCAUCCAACAAUAUGGAGAAAAAAAAGAAAAGUGAAUUGAAGUCACUUUUUUACCACUGGUUUCCGAACGAAAAGGGCUGUGGUCUUUUAUUAGAUUUGUUCAAGCCUAUACCAAAAGCUUUAACCAAUAUAAACAGGAUACGACCUUUUUUAAUAACUUAUAAUGUUUAUCUAACAUAUUUCAUUAAAGAUAUUUUGAAUCUUCUCGAGCCACCGCUACCCGUGGAAAUAUCUAAGAAAAUAUGUGAUCUUACAACACUUAUAGCAUCUCCUAUGAAGAAAUGUAAUGAAAAGGUACCAAAUAAAGUAUUUACGAUUUUCGAUGUUAAAGUGGCAACAAAUAAGAAUUAUGCAAUUCAAGUUGAUGAAAAUGAAGAGACAGACUUAGUAGACACAACUAAUACUGAUCCACAAAGAAAACCAAGCAUUUGUGGCAUAUGGAAGCUGGAAGCCUCAGAGAAUUAUUACUGGUCUAAAUGUCCUAUUGGGAGAGUCCCAGAUAAUCUACAUGGACCUUUGUCGGACACUGCAGACAAUGAAAUUAAUGAACCUAUGGAUAUUGAAAUUUCUCAAUAAUAAAAAAAAUAAUUAUUAAUAAAAAAGAUU